AUGGAGCAGUUGGUGAAUAGUCCGCGCGGUUUAUUUUCGCUGGUUUAUUUUCGUCAUCCUUCCAUCAUCGGUUUUUUUCGUCAUCCUCCCACCUCUGCUUACUCGCUGCCCUCCAUCGAAAUAAACCGGUGCCAAAAAAAUCCGUCGUUCUAUCCUACGAUCUCUCAAGGACGCCCCAACCCCCAAUACGAGCCGCCGCCGAGAUCCAAGACGAGCCGCCGCGGAGGACCGAGUGGAGCCGCCGCCGGCGCUGGCCAGGCUCCCCACGAUGUGCGCGCCGGGGCGCCGCUCCCGCUCCCGCAGCCGAGCAUAGCAGCAGCGGCGGAACCCCGCCGCCGGCGAGCUCUCUCUGGCGGAGGAGGGCGGGGGCGAGCUCGCUGUCUCCCUCGCGCUCAACACCAGCGGGACGCAGGCUUCGACGUGGCCACCUACAUAGGCGCGCUCCAGGCAAGGCGCUUCGGGAGGUGGAUUCUUUGGUCGCCGCGGAUGGCAUCCACGCACGACCUCGUGACACAGAAACUUUGCCAAACUUCUGGUGGGCGUCGUGUGCACCACAGACGCGCAGUUCAAAGGCAGAGGUAUGAUUGGAAUAAUCAACUUUUGAUGUCAGUGCAAAGCACAUCAAUGCCUUUUGUCCAAUUACUAGAAGCUGUGGCUUGUUUGAUAAAUCUUAAACUGUCGUGGAACUGCAAAGUAGUUGGGUAUCUUCAGCAGAAAAAGAUUUAUUGCUUAUUUCGGGGAAUUAUCAGUGCAGUACCGCAAAAUGCAAGAAAUAUGGAGCACUGUGAUAUAUCUGCUAUGGAGCAAGUUCUCAUGCUUACUGCUUCACAUGUUGGUGGUAAUCAAUGUUGUUGUCCAGCUGUGGAUCCAAGUUGGAGUUUUUCCUUGCAGCUUCUAUCCAUUCUUUUGGCAUCGUUUGCCAAACUUCAAGAAGGUUUUCUAUGCUAA